UUGGCCGAGGCCGAAUAUCACGCGCAAUUUAUUAAUAUCCAAAAGGGAUUAACUACAGAUGCUCCGGAAGCGCUACCGUCACAUCGACAAGUGUUGACAAUCGGUUACGGUCAAAAUGGGACGUUAUCAUGCUCAGUGGAUGCGAACCCGAAGCCUAGCGUGUACACGUGGUCCAAAAACGGUCACUUCAUAGCCACAACGACAGAGGACACGUUACUGAUACAAGCCGAAAAAGACUCAGAUGGCGGAAUUUUCGGGUGUCAAGCGGAAAAUUCCGUCGGAAGAAGUCCGAUCAUUGAGACGCAUGUUAUUAUCGCAGAACCACCAGUGUUCAUUACUCGGCCUCCAGCUGAACUUCGGGUGUUUGAAGGAGCACCGGUCAGUGUAAACUGCGAAGGAUUUGGCGAUCCCCUUCCAAUUGUCUAUUGGAGAAGGAUCUCUUCGGCCACACUGUCUUUUCCAUCAGUUUCGCAUGGCGAUCAUGGAAUCUAUGACUGUGUCGUGAGUAACGCUGUAUCCACAAUAUCCACCCCAAUGAGCUUGAUUGUCGAGAGAACUCGUCCACAGGCGGCCGUGAUUGAUAGCGUCGAAUGCGUUGGCGAUGAAGCAAUGGCUGUACAUUGGACGCCAGGUUUCAACGGCUCUUAUCCGCAGUCAUUUGUCAUCCAUUAUGAGUCCGAAAGAGAUUCGUCAGGGAAGACACUUCUGACGACGUCUACAUCGGCAACCAUCGGGGAUCUGAUGUCGUUCUCCAAGUAUCGAAUUCAGAUCGAAAGCCGGAAUCAAAAAGGCUCAACAAACUCAAGUGUUGUCGAGAAAUACGUCUGCUCCAACUUGCCUGCACCUUCAAAUGUCCAUCUUAUCGGCGAUUCGGAACUACGAUGGGAUCCUGUAGAAGAGGCUCGUUCAUAUCGUGUUGAGUCACGAUACGAUAAAAUGGGGAAGUUCGAGAGCCGAUAUUCCGGCUCAGGCCUGAUCCUCGUCCCGGGCAAUCGUUCCGCAUACGAAGUCCUCAGGCCACCCUAUGAACCAAGUUUACCAAGUCGGCCGAUAGAUUUUGGAUCAUUUGGUGGAAGCGUUCCAUCAAUGUGGUGGGCUGUCUUCGGCGGAUUUCUAUUUUUCUUCUUCUUUAUGUCUCUAUAUCUAUAUUCGAAAUACGGGAAAUAUAUUGGACGGCGGAAACGAAAGAACAAGCAUUACAAUGAUUAUGUCUGUCCUUCAUCUUUUCAACCCCAUACGGAAACACUCUACGAACCAUCGGUUAACCUGUAA